AUAAAUACAUUCGUCCAACCCGGAGGGUCAGUAGCUGGAAGUUGGAUUAAUGCAACUAGUAGAGAAUGAGUUGCUUCAACUGCUGUAAUGCGCUUCAUUUUUCAAAAGAAACUUCCAAGUACAAAAGACCGAGCCAACUCGAACACAAACUUCAGAAUAGAAAAUGGGAAGCAAACUCAUACAAGCCCAAUAUAACGAUUCUAGAGGCACUUGAAGAAAUCGCUGACGGAGAAGUGUCUGUUGAAACAUUAAAAUGGCACUCGGCUAGAUGUAUAUGCCAUGGGUGUCAAGUUACCCUUCGACAAGCUGUCAACAAGAAGGCUGAUGUAGAAUCAUUCAUGCAGCUGCUGCAUGACAUCACAGACAAAGUGCCUUCAAGACAAAGACAGGAGUACUUUUCAAAAGACUUUUUUGGUGAUAAGAGGAGUAGGUGCUGGUCUUGUAUGGUUCAGUUCCCGGAGGGUGAUUUACGGAGGAAACGCUUUAAUAUGGAGUGGGAGUUGGUCGAGGGAAUGACGGUACUAGAGGCCGUGCAGUCACUGUUUGAGAAUGAGGCUCAAAGCUUGGAAGGCGUGUAUUACAAGAAGACUUAUGUGUGUAAGAAUUGCUUCAACCUUUUACGUCAAGUGGUGAAGGCUCAAUGCGUGUAUGAAAGCUAUGUUACCAUGUUUGCAUCACUGACCAAUCAAAACAGCCCGUUUGCAAGACUGCGACAUGGAGACUCUAUUAGUGCGGUUGAUCCAGAUUGUUCUAAAGAUGAAUAUAAUGAUACUGCUGAAAAUGUAGAAAAUGAAGUAGACUGUGAUGUAAGUUUUAAGACUGUAAACAACACUGUUGAGUUGCCAUACACAGCCUCAAAAUUAACUAAUUUUGCCUCAGAGGGGCCAGGAAGCGUUGGAGUUAAAAGAUGUAACAAGAGUUUAGACAUGGAUGGCAGAGGUGUGUUGAGAUGUGAUGCUAGUCCGGAUGUGACUGUUUCAAAACGACAGAAACUGAAUAGAAAAGAGAUCACCUACCAUGUUGCUGAGGAUGCCAGUACAUGUAUUAGUGCUUGUAAGAAAAAACAAGAUUCGGAAUAGUCAGACUCAUGGUAACACUGUUAAAACUGGUCAAGUAGAUCAAGAAUGUACUGGAACUAGAGGCUCAUUGAAAACUGGUGAUAAAUUAAGUGAAAAUGUGUUUAAAUCUUCAGCAUUUAUUUGUGAAAAAGAAGAAAAUAAUAAAAAGAAAAAAUAUUCCAGUACGCAGCCACAACAGACAUGCUCAGUGGGCGCUGCAGGAACUUUUAGUGCACAGCAAAGCAUUCCAAGUGGAUCUUUGAUGAUGAUUUCUGGUACUCCUGUCUCCAAACCCGUUAUAUUGGACAGUUCUGAGAGCAAAACUUCAGCCAGGAGUUAUACAAUAUGUGUGAACCUGCAAAAGAAUGAGGUGAACGCUGUGAUUAGAGACAACAGUUCUGUGUUAGUAGACCCGAUGACUGUAUCUUUCGACAAGGGAGCUGUGUCUGGGGGCGAGGUUGUUAUAGAAGUAGACCGGCAGGCUGUGUUGGUAGAUAAGAGGUCUUCAGAAGUAGACAGGCAGGCUGUGUUGGUAGAUAAGAGGUCUUCAGAAGUAGACAGGGAGGAUGAAGAAGUCAACAAGCGGGCUAUGUCCUGUAGAAAAUAGGGCUGCGUCCAUAGACAAAGGAGCUGUAGAAGUAGCGAUGGUCGAGGAGGAUGUCCUAUUUGAAUCAAAUCAAGACAUGAGUGAUGAAUGGAUUCUCUACUACUAUCCCCGCUUUCCGGGGAGGGCAGAGUUUGUCCGCCUGGUAUUCGUGGAGGCCGGGGUCCCAUGGAAAGAAUGUGGAUUGGACGGGCCGAGUGUCUGGAAACUGAUAUGUGGUGGAGAAAUGCCAGGAUAUCCUCAUUUUGCACCCCCCGUGCUACAGAAAGGUGACCUUCAGAUUUCACAGACAUCCGUGAUAUGUAAAUAUCUUGGAGAGCAGUUUGGCCUAGUUCCGGACAGCGUAGAGGACCGAAUUCAUGCGGAGCAAAUCAGCCUGAGUUGCCAUGACUACAUUGCUGAAGGUCGUUUAUCAUUUCACGGAAUCCAUCCUCAGGGCCCCUACCUGAGUCAGAAGGAGGCAACGCAGCCAUACAUCGACCGCUUUGUCUCGGAGCGACUGCCCAGGUGGAUGAAAUACUUUGAGAGGGUGCUCUCUAACAAUCAGGAAGGGAAAGGAUUUCUGUAUGGUGACAAACUAAGUUACGCUGAUCUAGCUCUGUUGCACAUCGUCAGAGCAACGGAAGCCCAGUUUCCUGAGGCAUUCAAGGCAGCAGACUAUAUGCAGAACCUGAAAGACUUCAAACUUCGCAUGGAGGCCCGCAAGAACAUUGCAGACUACUUAAGAUCUGAUAAAUGGCUAGGAUUUUCUGGUGACAGUAUGAUGUAAUUUUGGGGAGAAAAAUAUGUAAAUGAGAUACAAAGGUGCUGUUCUCCAUUUUGUUUGGCUCUUUUCUGUAAUCAAUGCUACCCCAUCUGUUACUUGAAUCAAAGUUAUCAAAAUUUACCCAAUCCUGCUCUGGUAAAUGAUGAGCCAGACUUGCUCAGAUUCUGAGCAUAAUAUCAACAGCCUUUGAACAUUUUCUAUGUUUUAACUAAUCAUUUAAGAAUUUGAGCUUUUGUGCUUUGGUGUUAGAACUUCUAAUUUCUAAUGACUUAAACAGAUACAGAAAUUCUCUCAGAGUUUAGACUGUACAAAAAUCAUACUGUUUAUAGGAGUGGCAUUGUUUUUUAUAAUUGUGCCCUUUAUAACUACUGACAAAUUUCACAUUCAUUAACUGGUUGUUAUUAAAAUAUAAUAAUAUUGCUUGAAUGUCAUACCUUUCUUGAUUCAAAUGCAUGAAUGUAAUUAUUAGAUAUAAAAUGAUAUUUUAUUAAUUGAUGUUUUGUUGUAUUUUAAUCAGUAUUUAAUGCUAUGAACUGCAACAUUUAUUGCAAAAGAAAUGCAUUAAUAUACACAAUAGAGUUGAACAUAAUUAUAUUGUCAGGUAUUGACAUUUUAUGUAUCAGCUAUUUCAAUAUGUGUGUUAAUGUGUUUAUCCCCUUUAUGCUUACAAAGCAAUUAUUCUGGAAUUUCACCAGGUUCGUCCAGUCUUUAGUUCACAUAUUUUCUUAAUAAUUCAAACAUUCAACAGUCUGUUAUUUUCCAUGGAUCACAUAUUCUGCCAUUUAAACAUUCUGUUACACACCAGAUUGUUGUAUACUGUCAUCCCAACAUUCUGUUAUACACCAAUUAUGUCAUCAAAACAUUGUGUUUGCCACAUUCUGUUAAAAACAGGUUCAUUGAUUAUGUCAAUUAAACAUUCGCUUUCCUUUCA